AUGGCAGAAACUCAGUAUAACGCCAUUGAGGAUUAUGGUCUGAUUGGAGAUAUGCAUACAUGUGCCCUCAUUAGCAAGGCUGGUAGCUUGGAUUAUAUGUGUUGGCCGGUCUUCGAUUCCCCCUCGGUAUUCUGUCGCCUGUUAGAUGACAAGAUCGGUGGAUAUUGGUCGGUGCAGCCUUACAAAACCGUCAUCGACCCUCAUAGCAAACAGCGAUAUUUGCCAUAUUCAAAUUUGCUCGAAACUCGUUGGAGCAAUGAAGAUGGCGUUGUCAUAAUGCUGGACUAUUUCCCUGUCUCGCCCAAGAAGAGCGCCCAGUCGAGCCGUCUGCUCUCCGGUUACUGUCCAUGUAACGAACCCGGGGCUAAUCGCUUCAAAUCUGGGCUGCAGCAUUCGGGUCUCAUUAGGAAAUUAGAAUGCAGUCGCGGCUCCAUGGAAGUGAAAGUCGAGCUGUUCCCCGCUUUCAACUAUGCCAAGGACAAUCACAAUGCCCGUGCAAAAUUGGAGAACGAUAUGUCCAAGCAUCGGCUUCAGACUGUCCACUUUGAGAGUGACACAGAGCGACUGCAAUUCGAGAUCUUCGCCGACUCAAGAGAACCCGAGAAAAUUGGAUUUUCCGAGGCUAGGUUCACAUUGGAAGAACGUCCGGGAAUGAAAGGCAAGGGUCUGGUUGCCUGGAUUCGUCUGUCUGAGGGACAAACGGUACACCUUGUGCUGCACAGUCCCGAGAAGGCUGUUCCAAGCUCUGCAACAAUGGCUGCCUACUUUGCUAGAAUGGAAGUGGAGACCUCCGAUUACUGGACGGACUGGACGCGCAAAUGCGCCUUUCGAGGACACUACCGGGAAACCGUUGAGCGCAGCCUGCUGAUUUUGAAGCUGCUUACCUACAAGCCCACCGGAGCAAUUGUCGCGGCGCCCACCUUCUCGCUUCCCGAAAACGUGGGCGGCUCACGAAAUUGGGAUUAUCGUUACUCCUGGGUGCGCGAUACGGCUUUCACGCUCUACGUCUUCCUCAAAAUGGGAUACAGCCGCGAGGCGGAAGCCUACGUCAACUUUAUCUUUGACCGGAUCUUCCCGCAUGCUGCCAAAGAAAUGGAGGCAGGUUCCAAGCGGCCUUUGCUCCCGUUGAUGUUUACCAUCCGUGGCGAGUGUGACAUUCCCGAGGUGGAGCUGGAUCAUCUCGAUGGCUACAAGGGUAGCAAGCCUGUGCGAAUCGGAAACGCAGCCGUUUUCCACACACAGCUGGACAUCUAUGGUGAACUGCUCGACAGCAUCUACCUCUAUAACAAACAUGGCAAUCCUAUAACCUAUGACCAGUGGUCUUCGAUCCGUCGCCUGGUGAAUUAUGUCGUUGGCGUGCGCAACCAGAAGGACAUGUCCAUCUGGGAGUCUCGUGGCCAGAUCCAAAACUUCAUCUAUUCCAAAGUGAUGUUGUGGGUGGCUAUGGACCGUGGCAUUCGCCUUGCAGAGAAACGAGCCAGUCUACCUUGCCCUGAUCGCUUCAGGUGGAUUCAAGUACGCGACGAGCUUUACGAUGAGAUUAUGGAAAAGGGGUACAACAAGGAACGUGGUCACUUUUGUCAAAGCUAUGAGAGCCCUGAAGUUCUAGAUGCGUCGAUUCUGAUUGCUCCCCUGGUAUUCUUUGUCGCACCAAAUGAUCCCCGCUUCAUCAGCACUCUGAAGAUGAUCCUAAAGAGUCCCGAGAAAGAGGGGCUCUCCAGCGCCAAAAUGGUUUUCCGAUACGACCAUGUGAGGGCAAAUGGCGGUGUGGGUGGAGGCGAGGGCGCCUUUAUCAUGGUUACUUUCUGGCUCGUCGAGGCCAUGGCCCGGGCUGCCGCUUUCGAUGUCCCCAUUCCGAACAUCUGGAAACUCGCACUCUCGCACUUUGACAAUAUUUUGUCAUACUCUAAUCACCUGGGAAUGUUCUCUGAAGAGGUCGCUAUUUCAGGUGAGCAGAUGGGAAAUACACCUCAGGCUUUCAGUCAUCUGGCUUGUAUAAGCGCGGCUAUCAACUUGGAGAAAUUGGCUCGAACAUCCAAGUCGAUCCUCACCCUUCAAGCCCUUCCCACAUACCUAGCCCCAUCACUGUUUCCCCUCAUGGCGGGCGCUUGCUCGAAUUGGGCCGAUCGGCCAGCCUCCGAUCGGGCAUUAUCCUCAGAUGAAGAGGGGGAAGAGGACUUCGUCUCAAGUCACAGCACCGCCUCACUCGAUCCGGAUGAUAGCUUUGAGAAAAAUCAUCUUUCCAAUACUUUGAGCAAGGUCCAUUUGCACCAGGCUGAGUCGAAUCAUAGCUCCGAGGAGUCAGCUACCACUCGAACCUCGACUCCCUUGACAGCAGCCUCGAUGCCUGCUGUCGCAAGUGACCAGAAAUGGAAAGCCAAAUCGAUGCAACUGCUAGAUCUUCCCCUUGAUAUCCUCAAGGAUGUCGUGAAAGAGAUCACGCACACGAAUGACCUCACUUCCCUCGCUCUGACAUGCUCUGCCCUGCAUGGUCUCACCAUCCCGCAUAUGUACUCGCGCUUCGACAUCGUCUGGCCGGAGUCGUUAAACCCUUCAAGCGAAGAUUAUUCAGGCGUGGACGCCCUAUCUUACGGCCUCUCCACUUUGGUUAUGGGUGAAGAUGUCUUCAACCAACUCCCAUCUCGGCUCGACAGAUUGACACACACUUGUUCGAGCUGCGGCUGUUCCGACCGUGACCACCAAGAGCGAGAGACAAGCAAGGGGCCUCGCUCGCGUCGGGGAAAUUAUUACGCGCAGUACACGCGCACGUUUUCGAUCGGCAAUGGCCCGCUGAGCUGGGUGCAGGAGUAUUCGGUCAACAGGGAGGUGGGGAAGAUGCUGGGGACGCUGGUAGCCCUGGCCGUCGCCCGAAUGGUCAACCUCGAGACAUUCAUCUGGGAUAUGCCUACCGGUGUAGUUCGUGAGAUUUGGUUGGCGCUUGCUUCGCUGGCGGAUAGGUUAGGCCAUGAUUGUCGCUUGGACAAGGUUUGGGUGCGAUGGCAUGAUAAUUCGGAAAAUGUUCUUAGGAUUGCGCCGGCUUCCGAGGCUGCUUCCCAUAUGUUCAAGAGAUACAAGCACGUUGAACACCCCUCGCUAUCCGUCUUGCCGGCUUUGAAGAGCGUGGCCGUGCUGGAUAUCGAUGAACCGGCCUAUGUGGAGGAAUUAGCGGUCUUGAUUGAGCGGUCCCGUCACCGUCUUGUUGAGUUGAGAAUUGGAGUCUCUCUGAAGGCACAUCUUUCUGACUGGCUCGUCUGUGCCAAAGACUCCGAUGCCGCCGAUGCUGUACUCAGCUGGCCGAGACACGGUGGACUGUUGAGCAUUCUUUCCAAAGAUAAGUCGAGGCUGCGUGAGGAUCGGGUGGCCCUUUCGUCGGCCUCCGAACUGCAGGUCGCGUCGGAGCUCCCCAGUAAACUGACGGAGAAGAAUGAGAAAGAAUUAUCUCAACAUGAUGAAACCACCCCUCGAGAAUCCGAGAAAGGCACUACGGUAGCUAACAAAGAAAUCAAAGACCCACAACUGACAGCCUCUCAUGCCGCUCCCACCAAGCCACAUCCGCUCAUGUCGGCUCUCCACGCCAGUGGAGAUCAGCUACACCUGGAAUUGCUUGAGCUAGAACGAAUACCUCUUUCAAUUUCAACCCUCCUCCCAACUAUCGAUUGGACUCGUCUCACAACGCUCACUCUAAUGCGAUGCGAUGACCAUGAGCAUCUAUGGAGAGCUCUUCGUCGUAAAUAUGCACCACCAGCAACACCAGCGAAACGUCUGGCGAAUGGGAGCUGGGGCCGGGGAAGCGUCAGCGCGGUUGACUAUUCGCUCAACAUCAAAAAUUUGCGAACCGACAAUGUUUCAUCGUUCUUGAUGCUUUUCAUUAAGGAUGCUCUCGCCCCGAAUACCCUGGAAAGCGUUUUCCUGCACGAAUCACCCGGGCACGACUCGAACGUUCAAAUCGAUGCCAUUUACCGACAUAUCUUGCGAAAACAUCGACUGAGCCUGCGCAAGGUUUUAAUCGAUGCAUCGGACCGUCAUGAUGGCACAGACAACUUGAGCCACAAAUGGCAUAAGUGGGUGUUCAACCACGAGAUCAUUUCGUUUGUCACAAGUGGGAAGAUUCCGCAAUUGAGAGAGUUGGCAAUGGCAAUGAAUUACCGAGACUGGCACUACUUCCUCCAAAGGCUCCCGAACAUGCCCCAGCUCCGCGCGCUGUACCUUCCCCACAUCAGUCACAGCGCCAAGGUUGACCUGAAGGAACUCGCUCUCCAAGUCCUCGAUAUAGUCAGCAUUCGCCCAGAGCUCAAUAUGACAUACAUUGGCCUCCAAUUGAAAUGCUACCAGAUUCAAGAAGGAGCCGGUGACGGGAAAGACUUGGACUUUGACGACCAAACCGUCAAUGAAACCGUUAUGACAGGAGACGACGAUCUUUCCGAGGUCGACGCCAUGUCAAUGCCGGAUGACGAACCUGAUAUUGCCCCUUAUACAGAUGGCGGGUCAGACCUUCUCUCUAGUGAUCUGGACGAUGAUGAUGACGACGACGAAGCGGAUGAUGACAGCGCUGAGCGCGUCCAGUUUCGGCUGCAAGAAAUUCUCUUUUAUGACGAUAAGAUAUCCAUCUUCAAGGCACGGCAUGGUGUGCUUUGA